AUGUACAAGGCCAUACUGUCAGGUGCUCGUAAUCGAAACGAUGUUUCUCUUGCUCGAGAAAUAACUCAACGAAUAAAACAACUGGGUCAUACUGUCGAUGACGAUUUCAUAUCGGCCUCAGUACUUUUCGGUAAUACUUUAGCAUCAUCAGGCGAAUUAGAAGAAGCCUCACAACUAAGACUAGAAAUGAGCCAAUCAGGUAUCAAGAAAAAAGCGGGUGUAUCUUGGACUGAAGUCAACGGUGAAAUUGUGGAAUUUCGUGUCAAAGAUCGAAGACAUCCACGAACAGAUGAAAUCUAUGAAGAGCUUGAUCGAAUCGAAAAGGAACUCAUUGAACAUGGUCAUAAGUUCGAUGCCAGUUGGAUAACACGUGAAAUGAGAGCUAAUGAGACUGUUGCAUCUAUUCUCAACAGUCACAGUGAGAGAUUGGCACUUGCAUAUCAUUUCAUUCAGCGGCCAGUUCCAUCACGCAUUCAAAUUGUGAAGAAUCUCCGCAUUUGUGGUGAUUGUCAUGGUGCAAUCAAGUUGAUCAGUCGAAUUCGUGAAUGUGAAAUUAUUAUUCGUGAUGCGAACCGUAUUCAUCAUUUUUCAGAUGGGAAAUGUUCAUGUAAUGAUCAUUUUUAA